CGCCUCCUCUCCUCCCUCCCUUACUAUCUGCAAGGAGCGCUCUGACACAAGCUGUGCCUUUGCCUGUUGCUCAUCUAGUCUUUCACAUACACAUGCAUUUGCUGCAUCUGAAUACCAGUCACUGAGUCCCCAGGCAAUCAACAACCAUGGCAGGAAAAGCCCACCAGCUAAGCACUGAGGAGAGGGAGCAGCUGUUGCCAAACCUGAAAGCGGUAGGGUGGAAUGAGGUGGAAGGGAGAGAUGCCAUCUUCAAAGAAUUCCAUUUCAAGGACUUCAAUCGGGCAUUUGGGUUCAUGACCAGAGUAGCUUUGCAGGCAGAAAAACUGGACCACCACCCCGAAUGGUUCAACGUUUACAGCAAGGUUCACAUUAUCCUGAGCACACAUGAGUGUGCUGGCUUAUCUGAGCGGGAUAUCAAUUUGGCCAGUUUCAUAGAGCAAGUUGCAGCUUCUCUGGCUUGAACAAGGCUGGAAGUACAUAAGCCGGAAUUGACUGAACAGCUACCAUCUCCUCUUUCAUUCUUAAAACUUAACACAUUUGCUAGUUCCAAAGCAGUUACUGAUCCAGCAGAAGAUGAUACUAUGCCCAGCUCUACUUCCACCACAGCUCAAAGUUUCCACGGGAAUGAGCUAUGUUAGCGUAAAUAUACUUUCUACUUCCCAGUCACCAGGAGGAAAGCUGCCUCUUUUAAAUGGUUUGCUUCCACUUUUGGUACAGUGACCACCGUGUAAAAUUACUUGACCUCUAGCACUUUUGGCAUAUAUGGCAUUUAGCAGAAGAGAACAGUAUUGCUUAACUGUCUGUGCAUGCAGUUGGAGUUUAUUUUUACUUGCUUCCAACUUUACAAUUAUGCUGUUUUGUCCAUGGCAAAGCUUAUGUUGCCUGGUCUCUUCUGUUAGCAGACCAGUAUCUGUGAUGUGCAGUUUGGUUACAUUUGUAAGCUUUGUUCAAAUAGUAUUAUAUCAGGUUUGUGGGGUUACCUGUGUUGUAACUGGCCAUAAUACAGAGAUGGGAGCCAAGAAAGUCUGCUGAAAAUAUCUAAUGUUUACAAUAAAGUUCUCAUAAUAUACAAGU